CUCCGCCUCUUCACUCUGCAGUAGGAUUUUGCUUGUUCAUUUGAUUUCCUAUUUAUUUCACAACUAUUGAUUCUGUGUCUAUGAAGAUUAAGAGAUGAACAACAAAGAGAAUGCGGUGGCUGCUCCAACCGGCGGGGAGUUAUCAGCGGAGCAGCGCACUCGAAUUUCCCAAAAUUUCCGAGCCGCCAAGGCGCGCCUCUCUCGCAAACGCCCGUUCUCUGACCUUGCCGCCGCCUCCGAUUCUCCAUUCAGCAUCCAGGCGUAUGGAGAUGAGAGAAAAGCCAAAAGUUUAGCUGUAGCUGAUGAGAUUAAGAGGCAUCCUCUAUCCAUGAUAUGUUCUAACAUAUCAACCCCAAUAGCACCGAAGGGUGGCAUGUUGUCGAAGAAGAGCGAUGGUGCAAGAAAUGGGUUAUCCUGUGAGAUGUUUCUAACUCCUGUUGUCAAAGCUGAACGCUCCCAGAGACUAGCUUCGAGUAAUGCAUAUUCCUCUAAAGCUGGUUUAAAUGGUGAAGGUUUUGAUGUACAGAAAGUUGGUCAUUCUUUGAAGGAUGGAUCGAUUUUAAGCCCGUGCUCUACUCCAUUGAGGCAGCCAGAUAGAUCAUAUGAAUGCAACUCGAGUUCAGAGAGUUGCUUCAUAAGAGAACCAGAUUUACCUGACAAGGAUGUCUCCAUCUCCACAUCUCAUCUACUUGAUGAUGAUUUUGACGAGUCAUUUUUUGAACAAAUCGAUGCUCUGUGCGAACAAAAAUUGUCUGAUAAUCCCGAAAAGGAUUCUGCAAUGGAGAAACUGGAAGCUGACUUUGUUAUCAAGGGCUGCAAGGAUGAUAUAUCCACAACAGAUGUCAACGUUACAAGUGAGAUUUUAAAAUCUGAAGAAAUUUCCAGUUCGGCCGGUGGGCAAUCAUCUGGAGUCAUAGAAUUGGAUAAAUCAGCAAGUAAACUGACCAAUAAUAUGCCUGAGGAGUAUAUGACGUAUAUCCAGUCUCUUAACGAUAGGCAGCAGGAAGCAGCAUGUAGUGACAUCUCAAUUCCAUUGGUCAUUGUUGCUGGACCAGGAAGCGGCAAGACAUCUACUAUGGUUGGACGUGUUCUGGUGCUUCUAUCUGAGGGCAUCAGUCCAUCCAACAUUCUGGCAAUGACAUUCACUACAGCUGCUGCUGCAGAAAUGCGUGGGAGGAUAGGAGCAAUUGCUGGAAAGGGAGCUGCAAAAGAGCUCACUAUCAGCACUUUCCAUUCAUUUUCUUUGCAACUUUGUCGCUUGCAUGCGGAGAAGUUAGGUCGAACCCCUGAGUUUCUAAUAUAUGGGCAUGGACAACAGAGAAAAGCUAUCAUAGAAGCUGUCCGCUUGUUGGAGGACGAGAAGAGAAGGGACAAUCCCGAGCUUUGCAAGCUUACUGAGUUGUCUGAUAUUAAUUCUCCAAAAAAUUUUAAGGACAAGUCAAAGAAAUGGCUCAAGUUUGUAACUCAGGCCAAAGCCGCUGGAAGAUCACCUGAAGAUUUUCAUAAAAUUGGUGAUGAGACUGGAGCAACUAUUCUUCGGAAUUAUGAGGACAUUCUAAAAUCUUGUAAUGCACUAGAUUAUCAUGAUUUUAUCAGCUGUUCUGUGAAGCUGUUCACUGACUUUCCAGAAGUACUCGUGGAAUGUCAAGAAACAUGGAAAGCGAUUGUGAUUGAUGAGUUUCAGGACACAAGUGCUAUGCAAUAUAGCUUGCUUCGAAUUCUUGGAUCCCACAAACGUAUAACAAUUGUUGGUGAUGAAGACCAGUCAAUUUUCAGUUUCAACGGUGCUGAUGUAUAUGGUUUUGAUUCAUUUAGAAAAGAUUUUCCAAUUUACAAAGAGGUAAGAUUAAAUAAAAAUUAUAGGUCCACACGAUGUAUCGUGGAAGCUGCAUCAUGUCUUAUUAGAAAUAAUAUAAAACGGUGCAAUUCAAAUGAAGUUCAAACAGCAAAUUCCUCUGGAUCAAAGAUAACUAUUAAGGAGUGUUGCAAUGAAGAGGCACAGUGUGCUUUUGUGGUUGACAAAAUAUUGGAAGCUGGAUCAGAUGGUUCAUCUGCUAAAUGCUCCUAUGGUAAUAUUGCUGUUCUCUACCGGAGGCAGGUGACAGGGAAAAUAUUCCAAACUGCAUUUCGCAAUAGAAAAAUUCCAUUUAACGUCCACGGCGUAGCUUUUUAUCGCAAAAAGGUAAUCCGGGCCAUUAUUGCCAUGUUGAGUACUGCAUUUCCUGGCUGUGAUGAUGGACCAUGUCGUCGAGCAUUUAAGGCCUUACUUCCUUUCGAUAAGGAGGAGAAAAAAAAGGUAAUUGAACACGUUGACAAGAUUUCAGCAAGAAGGAAAUGCAGUUUUACUUCAGUAGCACGUGAAAUAUUUAGAUCAAAAAUAUCGGGAACAUUUAAGAGGAGUCAACUCACACAAGGGCGUAAGGUGUUGGACACUUUGGACAUGAUAUCAAAGCUUGUUUUAAGGGAACAGUCAAUUUCUGCUGUUAUCACUUUUGUAGCAAACAUGAUACCUCAGAAAUACCUUCUUGAACAGCGAGCAGUGUGUGAUGUUGAUGGAGGCAAGUUGCUGAAUGAAGAUAAUGAUGUUCGACCGGUGUUACAGUAUCUUCUAGAUGAUGUGUCCUUGUUUUUGACAACAAUACACAAUGCUGAAGAAUUGGGUAACUGUAGUGCCACACAGGGGAAAGGUUGCAUGAGCACACUAAAAGCUUUUCUUGACUAUAUCUCUGGUCGGGAGAGUGAAAAUUUUCAAUCAAGAAAGCAUGAUAAUGAAGACUCUGUAACCCUAACUACAAUCCAUCAGUCAAAAGGUUUGGAGUGGGACACAGUUUUUAUUGUAAAGGCAAAUGAGGCUGAGAUUCCCUUGUUGCAUGAGUAUAAUGGAAUUCUAAAUGAGAAUGAUGUCUCGGUUGAGGAAGAAAGGCGCUUGUUAUAUGUAGCAAUGACUCGGGCGCGCAAAAAUCUUAUCCUACUCUAUGUCAUCAUGGAUUCUAAUUGGCAGGUCAUUCAGCCAUCACGAUUCCUUAGAGAAAUUCCACGCCACCUGCUACAGAACCAGGAAGAGCCACUUUCCGUGAGUUCAGAGAUGAUUCAGUGCCCAACUGAGCAAGGAGCUGCGCAGACAGAAACCCCCGACAACAAUACAAAACACCGUUCUGUUGACAAUUUAUUGAAUGAAAUAUGCAAUGAGACUACUGCUCUGCAACAAAGUGAUAAUAGUAACUUUUUAAAAAGGUUUAGUCCAGAGAACCGAGCUGCUGUUUCUCAUUUAUUCCAUCAGUGGGCGAAGAAGCCUGCGUUUCAUGAUCCCAAGAGAUUACUCACCAAGGUUUCUUUUGUCAUUGAUGAACGCCUGCGAACAAAAAAAUGUGCAAACAAGGUUGUGGAUGUUUUGCGUGAGUUGAAGUCCUGUUUAACAUCUGAUGAGGCUCAUCACUAUGCUGUAUCGGUUCUGUCAUGGCUGCAAAUACCUCCUGAUAAGCGUGCUCAUUUGAUGAGAGAAAAACAGGAACACUUUCAGAAACUGAGAAUUGAGAGCGCCAUGAGUUCAUCCGUACCAAGUUCUAAACAGAUUGCCUAUUUACAAAGCCUUGGAUGCACAAUAGUGCCGACAUCCCGCCUUCAUGCAUCUCGUUUGAUCGAGGAAUAUAAAUCAUUAUGAUAGCGUAGUACUACUUUCUUUUAGCUGAUACUAUUACAGAAAGGCCAUCAUUUGAAUCUCAUAUAUUUAUUUUUAUGAAUGUUUGAUUAUGUGAUCGAUAACUGAAGUUAAAUAAUG